CUCAUGUUCCAUUUUAUACAUACCUCCAUUGUUGUGGUGGCUAAGUCCCAAUACAGGGUUGUAGCCAGGGUUGUUCCCUGCCCUGGCACAAGACUAGACACAAAAAAGGGGUUCAAGAAAAAUAUCUAGGAAAUCAAGAAGAAAAGAGAAAAGAACUUUUCCCUUAAUUCACACAAUAAUGUACUAAUUUUCAUUUGCACAAAGUUCGUGACUAAGAGGGACAAUCUUUUUUUGUUGUUGUUGUUGAGCAUCAAUCUUUGGCCUUAGAAGAAGAAAAAUGGCAGAUCCAGAACCAUUGAUUGAUGUUGGAAAAUUAAAUGAAAAAAUAUUAUGUUAUGCACAAACCAUUUACAGGUUUAAUGGAGUUUGGGAAGGACCAGAUCCUUUGACACCAAUUAUCCCUCUUUUCUUCGUUCAGAUUUCCGUAGCUAUCUUGAUCACCCGUUUUGUAGUAUUUUGCCUUAAACCCACCAGGCAACCUCCUUUUGUUGCUGAAAUUAUUAGUGGCAUACUGCUGGGUCCUACAGCACUUGGAAGGAUCAUAAAGUUUAGGAGGCUGCUUUUCCCAAACUACAACUUCCAUGUGAUUGAGACAAUGGCUCAUGUAGCCCUUGUGUUCUUUGGGUUUCUGAUGGGAUUGCAGAUGGAUAUAAAAUCUGUUCUCCGAAUCGGAAUCAAGGCUAGAAACGUGGCUGUUAUCGGGAUCAUCAUCCCUUUUGUCAUGGGGACAAUAUUAUAUUUCUCACUGCCUCGCGAUGAAGAAGCUAGAGGUUUCAUUUUCUAUGGUGGUGCUCUUUCUGUUACAGGAUUCUCUGUCCUGUCUAAGAUACUUGACAUACAAAAGAUCCUCCAAACAGACGUUGGCAAAAUGGCUACGUCUGCCGCUGUAAUUAAUGAUAUUGGUGCAUGGUUUAUUCUUGCACUAGGAUACGUAGUCACAGGUAGUACAUCUAAUAUCCAUUGGGCUAUAAUUUGCACGACUGCCUAUGCUUUGUUCUGUGUCUUUUAUCUCCGUCGUGCCAUUGGCUGGAUCAUCCGAAAAAUGCCAGAAGGACAAGGAUAUAGUGAGUUCUUUAUAUGUUCAGUUCUCUCUGGGAUGGCUAUUUCCGGAGCUGUAACGGAUGCUUUGGGCACGCAUCCUAUAAUCGGAGCUUUUCUCUUUGGACUUAGCAUACCUAACCAAGUGCUUCAAGCAGAAAUUCUCGAUAAGCUUGAUGACUUUGUGAUGGGCAUUCUUAUGCCAACUUUCUUUGUUGUUUGUGGACUCAGAACAAAUUUCCUAGAAAUGGGUAACGUUUAUGAGAUUGUUGGCUACAUAAUUCUAUUUGUUUCAGCCAAAAUAUUGAGCUCAGUAGCUGCCACUUUCUUCUCUGAUAUGUCUAUUAAGGAGGCCCUGGCUGUUGGAGUACUUUGCAACACCAAGAGCCUCAUGGCCUUGAUCAUUAUUGAAGCUGGUCAGGCACAACAGGUUUUGAGUACCCAAUUAUAUUCUCUUAUGGUGGGUGGCAUUUUGGUGAUGACGGUGAUGGUCACACCUAUGACCAUGCUAUGCCGUCCCUCCCAGGAAUUGGCGCCCCAUAAACGAAGGACUAUACAGAAAGCAAAAUUGGAGGAGGAGCUUCGAGUCCUCGCUUGCAUUCAUGGCGUACACGACAUCCCUUCAAUCAUCAACCUUCUUGGCUCGUCAAAUUCUACACCAGCAUGCCCAAUAACCGUCUUUGCUCUCCAAAUAGUAGAACUAGUCGGGCGUGCAUCAUCUAUGCUAGAAGUGCACAACUCAGGCAAACGAGGCUCGAGAAGUCUAGGCCACGAGGAGACACAGACAAGACAAAUCAUCACUGCUUUCGACAACUAUGAGCUACGAUCAGAUGGUGUGAUGGUACAAGUACUCACAGCAAGGUCCCCUUUGCCCUCUAUGGAUGAAGAUAUAUGCAACAUUGCCAAAGACAAGCGUGUUGCUUUCAUCAUACUCCCUUUCCACAAACAACGCAGUCUCGAGGGUCAAAUGGAGGAUGUCAACCCUGAAAUUCGGGCUGUCAACGAGGGUGUCCUAGCUAAUGCCCCUUGUUCUGUAGGAAUUCUUAUCGAUCGUGGCCUUUCUGAGACGAGCGACUACGCGAAAAAUAUCGUUGUCCUUUUCUUCGGAGGUCCUGAUGACAGGGAAGCUCUGGCUUAUGCAUCGAGAAUGGUUGAUCGUCCAGAUACACGCUUAACUGUGGUAAAGUUCAUUCCAGACGAAGGUGCUUCUGAUAUAGAACCAACGGAGUUUGCUGAAGAAAAUCAUAUGAAUAUCCAAAUUGACAAAGAGAGUGAAAAGUUGAUGGAUGAAGAGUUCUUGAACAGGUUCAAGAUCAGCAUAGCAAAUGACAAAUCAGUAAAAUACAUAGAAUUGUUGUUGAAUGAUGUGGAAGAAGCUGUUAAGGCUAUAAAACUAAUGGACCAACAUAACUACGAUCUCUACAUCGUAGGAAAAGGCCGAGGCAUGGUAUCCCCACUAACAGCUGGUCUAGUCGAUUGGUGUGACUGUCCCGAGCUCGGGGCUAUUGGUGAUCUUUUAGUGACAUCUGAAUUUGACUCCUCAUUCUCCGUGCUGGUGAUGCAGCAAUAUGUUAAACCAAUUGGAGAUGGUUCAGUAAAUUCUUAUGGAUCAAUGAGUGAAAGGAUAGCAGGAAUUGGGAUGGACAUGGACAUGGACAUGCAGCGCGCAGAUAGUGAAGCAGGGGACGUGUUUUCUAGUUUUAGGAGGCGGCCGGAAGCUAUGCCACGAGUCGAAAAAAACUAAGUCUUAGCUUAGGCUGAUGACAAACACUUCAUAAAAUGUAUUGGUUUUCACCUGGAAUGGAUGAAUUAAGCGGGAUUGAAUGAUAAUGUUUGAUUUCUUUUCAACUAAUUGUAAUAACAAUGUGCGAUAUUCGGCUAAAUAUUCUCUACACUGUUAA